AAACAGCUCGCGGAGAAAAUGCUCGUCUGCUUUUCUGUGGGACUGGCUGGAGCGUGAGGAGGAGAGAUGCGUCCGUUUAGCUCUGAUCUGGAGGUUUAAGGACGCCGGAGCGGUUGCCAUCAAAAACCAGGCCAAAUGACGAGCAAUAACAACGCGGUGACGAAGAGGAUCCGGACGGAGUACAUGAAGAAGUUCCGCGAUCCGAAGUGGGAAACCUUUUCAAAAUGCUACGAGGACUCGGUGAAGUACAGACUGACCCGCAGGCUGCUGGAACAGACGCACAGGCCCCUGUUUGGCGAUGGCUGGGACAGCGGCUCCGACUCCAGUGGCCGGUCCAGCCCCAGGCUGCGAGGAGCUGCAGAAACCUCCAACUCAAAACCUCACACGUCCUCCUCUGACUCCAAGUACGAGAACGCUACACUGCAGGAACCUCUGGAGACGCAGGUGAAUGGAGAAGUGCUUACAGACGCAGCCACUUCCUCAGCACUGGAGAAUUCACGGCCUGUAGAGAACGGUUACCAGCACUUAACAGAUAACGGGCCGUCAGAGGUUGUGGCGAGGCGGAGUCAGAGGCACCGGGCUCCUCGCUCUGAGCCCAGUUACCCUCACCGCGAGCUGGACACUGACGACUCCACAGACUCCGUGCUGAGAAAACCAACCAGAGCCAAGAGCCAGCCACCGGCCAGCGCCAAGGAGCGGGCGUCCAGCCGGGACAACAGACGCUCCUUCAUCCGCCACGACUGGGCCGAGAGGAGCAUGGAGGCCAGGGAGCGAAGGAGGCCCAACAUGAGAGCCUCAGUGUCCGCUGGGGAGAUCCAUCGGGCCGACGUUGGUGUCCAGACUCGACGGGAGUCGGAAAAACGUGGAAAAACCUCAGACCGUCGGAGGGCGAGGUCAGCUGACCUGGAGAAGUCACGGCGGUCGGAACUGGCAGUGGCGGAUGACCGCUGGAUGACAGAGUACAUGCGCUGCUUCUCUGCCAGGCUGAGGUAGAAGCAGAGAGAGAGGACCAAACACUUGAUCCAGGAUCAGCUUCUGGACAUUCUUAAAGGAGCGCUUCACCAU